AAUCCGACAGUCGAAAGUGAACGUCGAGUAGAAGAAGAAGAAGAUAAGAAAAAGAAGAUGGAGUUUGCUUAAAAUAUCUCAUUGAGGGUAAUUUUUCCGUGAUAUUUUUGUGUGAAGAGAGUUAAAGUGGUGCAGUAAAAGCAUAUUUGGUAUUGAAUUGGAUGCAAGUGUGCCCCAUUUGAUCGAAUGAAAGCUAUUUGUGGACACUACGAGUGAUUUGUGUGUGCAAAAUACGGAUUAAUAGGGCGGUGUCACUCCGCUUUUCACUCUCUGGUUAGCAGACAUCUUGGGGGGCGCACAGUUGGACUUUUUUUUUGUGGUGGUGUUUGCGGAAAAAUAAAAGGAAAGCCCACAGAGUUUUUUUGUAUUUUGGGGUUUGGUGUAGGCACAGAAAUUUUGGUGUGAAAAUGAAUGAGCUGGAUAGCUUGAGGCAGGAAGCUGAGACACUCAAAAAUGCCAUUCGGGAUGCCCGAAAAGCGGCCUGCGACACGAGCCUGGUGCAGGCAACGAAUAAUUUGGAACCAAUCGGACGGAUCCAAAUGCGCACCCGACGCACCCUUCGUGGUCACUUGGCCAAGAUCUAUGCCAUGCACUGGGGCAGUGAUUCACGCAAUCUCGUUAGUGCAUCCCAGGAUGGUAAAUUAAUUGUCUGGGAUUCUCAUACUACCAAUAAAGUCCAUGCCAUACCCUUAAGAUCGUCCUGGGUUAUGACAUGCGCCUAUGCCCCAAGUGGCAGUUUUGUGGCAUGUGGUGGCCUGGAUAACAUCUGCAGUAUCUACAGUUUGAAGAAUCGUGAAGGGAAUGUUCGUGUAUCGCGUGAAUUGCCCGGGCAUACGGGUUACCUAAGUUGCUGCCGUUUUCUCGAUGACAAUCAAAUUGUCACGAGUUCGGGCGAUAUGUCCUGCGGACUGUGGGACAUUGAGACAGGGCAGCAAGUGACAUCAUUCUUAGGACACACGGGAGAUGUUAUGGCAUUGAGUCUCAGUCCACACUGCAGGGCUUUUGUAUCCGGUGCAUGCGAUGCCAGUGCUAAACUCUGGGACAUCCGCGAUGGACAGUGCAAACAGACUUUUCCCGGACACGAAAGUGACAUCAAUGCUGUCACAUUCUUCCCAAAUGGCUAUGCCUUUGCCACUGGUUCAGACGAUGCCACAUGCCGAUUAUUUGAUAUUCGGGCAGAUCAGGAGCUGGCCAUGUAUAGUCACGAUAACAUUAUAUGUGGCAUAACGUCUGUGGCAUUCUCAAAGAGCGGUCGACUUCUCCUUGCCGGCUACGAUGACUUCAAUUGCAAUGUCUGGGACACAAUGAAGGCCGAACGGGCAGGCAUUCUGGCUGGACACGAUAAUCGGGUAUCGUGUCUGGGAGUCACUGAGGAUGGCAUGGCAGUGGCUACAGGGUCGUGGGACUCAUUUUUACGUGUUUGGAAUUAAGAAAAUUAUUUAAAAAAAAAAUAAAUAAAAAGAAACAAAAAAUAAGGCACAAUGUUUGUAAGGUAAGAAAUUCAUUUAUAAAAUAGAAAGAAAAAAAUAACCAAAAAAUAUUGCAGAAUGAUAAUGAAAUUAAAUAAAUAAAGAAAAAAAAAGAAAUGAAAAAGUGACAUUGAAUGAUUAAAAGAGAGAUCGUCUUUGCGAUUGACAGGACCUCUAGGUGGCAAUCAGUUGAGAUAGAAAUGAAAGAAAUUCAAAAAACUACGGUUAAAAAAAAUCACUAGCACACAUUUAGUAAGAUUUUUUUUUGUGAAAUACCGCAUUCAUAUUUAAAUAAAAAAAAAAAUUAAGAUAAAACAAGAUGGAAAACUAAGAAUAAAAAAAAAUCCAAGUAAGAAGAAUUCUCUAGGUAUCGAAAGAGAUUAAAAGAGAUAAAUAAUAAAAUAAUAUAAUAAAUAUUAAUAUGGGGUUUAAUAUAUAUAUAAAAAAAAAGAUAAAAUAGUCACUUAAGAAUGUGACUUAAGGAACUACUUUGCAUUUCACAUUUCGCACAUUAAACAAAAAGAAAAAUUAAAAAAAACGAAAUCAUAACCUCAACAUUGAAUUCAUCCAAGACGAAAAUAUCCAAAGCCGGAAGUACAAAGAGAAAAAAAAUCGCCAGAGAUCAGGCCAAGGCCUGGCUUGAGAGGAGAGGAACUUUAAGAAAGUUCUUUGGCUCAAUUUUGACGUGGCUACUUCAUGUUCAACGUAGCGAGAUAACUUCCGGAACUUCGGAUCCAGGAAUCAUUUAAAAAAUAGCAUUAAAUAAAAACAUUGAUCAAUCGCAGUAGAAUAAAUAGUGUUUGUUCCCAAAAAUUAAAUAGUGUGAAAAUUUAUUAAAUGUCUCACAGCUGCACUGAGAGAAAAUACCAGAUUGAAUUUUAAUCUUUGGAUUUGAAAGGGGGGACACAUUCCAGUCGGAAGUACAGAGAAAAAUAGGAACUUUUCGAAAGAUCCCAAAAAAGUGUAAUAAAAUUGAUUUUCGGACAAAAAAUUACUUAUCGGUUCAUAACCGGUUCAUUACCGAUUCAAAACCGAUUGAAACCGGUUCAAUUUUGUCGGGAAUUCCAAGACCUUUCCAACGAGCCCAAAAUGACCCCAUUCGCCUGAUAAAUGCGCUCUCUAGAGCCUUUUUAACCUUUGACCUUCAAAAAUCGUUAUUGGGAAUGAUUCAACGGUAUUUUCACACAUGGUCAAUUGUCCGCCUGGGUAAUCUCUAAACAUGACCAAAAAUGAAAAAAAUUGAACGACGCGUUUUCGAGCUAUCCCAAACGGAAUGGGGAGUCAACUUAUAAGGGGGGGUCCCCCAAAGGUCCCAAUUCGCUAUCUCUAACCGUUUGGCCUCUAGAGCUGCCGACAGCCGGACGGAAAGACGGAUAAACAGCGUGAAAAUUCGAGCAGUAAAAACUUAAAAGGGUGAUCUAUUCGCAUUUUUGCAAGUUUCUUGGGUUUCGUAAAACGUUUUUUUUAAUUUAUUUCUAGGAUUUCGUGAAGAAAUGAGUUUCUUGAAGCUCUUUUUGAUGUUCCUAAGUUUUGCGAGGAAAUUUUUGAGUUCUUUGCGGAAUUUUUGGUUUUUCCCGGAGUUAUUUAUUUAUUUUUUUUAAUAUUUGGGUUCUCGAAACAAUUUUUGAGUAUUUCGAAGAAAUUUUCCGCGUGUCGCAAAGAAAUUGGCUUAGUUUCUUGAAGCUAUUUUCGAGAUUCUGAAGUUUCGCGAGGAAAUUUCCAAGUUCUUUCCAGAAUUUUUAGAUUUUCCAGAGUUAUUUUUGAAACAUUUGGGUUCUACGAAACAUUUCUUGGGUUUUUCGAAAAAAAAUCCGACUAUCUUGAAGAACUCUUCAAGUUUUUCGUAUUUCUCGAAGCAUUUUUUUCCGGGUUUCUCAGGAUUUGUGAAACAAUUUUUGAGUUUCUCGAAGAAAAUUCUGAAGUUUUUCUGUUUCCAGAAGCAAUUUAUGGGUUUCUACGGUUUCGUGAAGAAAUUAUUGAAUUUCUUGAAGGUAUUUUUUAUGUUCUCAAGUUUCGCGAGGAAAUUUCCAAGUUCUUUCAAGAAUUUUUGAAUUUCCUGAACUUAUUCUUUAAAAUAUUUGGGGUUUUCGAAGAAAUUUUCCGGGUUUCGCGAAAAAAUCUUCAAGUUUUGUCGUGUUUCUCGGGUCUUUUGAAACAAUUUUUUUCUGUUUCUCGAAUAAAUUUAUGAGUUUACGAUACUUAUGAUUAGAAAUACUUGGGUUUCCAGAAGAAAUUUUUGAGUUUCUAGGGUUUCGUGAAGAAAUUCAUGAGCUUCUUGAAGCUAUUUUCGAGGUUCUCAAGUUUCACGAUGAAAUUCUCAAGUUCUUUUGCAGAAUUUUUGAAUUUCUCGAAGUUAUUUUUUGAAACGUUUGGAUUCUACGAAACAUUUUCUGGGGUUUUCGAAUAAAUCUUCAAGUUUAUCGUGUUUCUCAAAGCAUUUUUUUUGCGUUUCUCGGAUUUUGUAAAACAAUUUUUGAGUUUCUCGAAGAAAUUUCUGAAUUUCCCGGUGGCAUCUUUUGAAAUACUUGGAUUUCACGAAGAAAUGUCUUGAAUUUCUCGCGUUCCGGAAUGAAAUUUUUGAGUUUUCCAAACUUCUUUUUUUGAAAUACUUAGGUUUCGUGUAGAAAUUUUAGGGUUUCCUCGGGUUUUAUGAAGAUUUUUUUUGAAUUUCUCGAAGAGAUUUCAAGAGUUUUCCGAAAAAUCUUCAAGCUCUUCAUGUUUUACGAAGCUGUUUUGGAUUUUUAUCCGUUUUCCGGAAAAUUUUAGAGUUUUCCGAAAACCUUUUUUUUUUUUUGAAAUACUUAGGUUUCGUUUAGACCUUUAAGGGUUUCCCCGGGUUUUAAAAAGAUUUUUUUGAACUUCCCGAAGAGAUUUCAAGGAUUUUCUAAAAAAAAAAACAUCAAGCUUUUCAUGCUUCGCGAAGCAAUUUUAUGAUUUAUUGCGUAUUACGAAGAGAUUUUUGAAUUUUCCCGGAGAUACUAUUUGAAAUACUUCAAUUUCUUGGGAACAUUUUUAUGUUUCUCGGGUUUCGUGAAGAAAUUUCUAACUUUUCCCGAAGUUCUUUUUUGACAUACUUAGAUUUCGUGUAGAAAUUUUAGGGUUUCCCAGGGUUUUAUGAAGAUUUUUUUGAAUUUCUCGAAAAGAUUUCAAGGGUUUCUCGAAGAAAUCUUCAAGCUUUUCAUGUUUCGCGAAGAAAUUUUUAGAUUUGUUGCGUAUCACGAAGAAAUUUUAGAGUUUUCGAGAGGUAUUUUUUGAAAUUCUUGGGUUUCACAAAGAAAUGUUUUGGGUUUCUCGGGUUUCGUAAGGAAAUUUUUGACUUUAUCGAAGAAAUUUUCACGGGUUUCACAAAGAAAUUAUCAAGUUUUUCGAGUUUUGCGGAGCAAUUGUUGGAUUUCUCGCGUUUUGCAAAGAUUUUUAAUUUCAUGAAUCAGUCUUUGAGUUUCCCGAUUUUACCGAAGAAGUUUUCAGGCUUUUUGGUUUCACGUUAAAAAUUUUUCGAGUUUCUGCAAGUUCUUUUGAGUUCUUCGGAGAAAAUUUUGUGUUUCCAGAGUUUACGAAUAAAUUUUUCGGAAUCUCGCCAAGCAUCUUUUUGAUUUUUCGGAUUUCACAAAAGAAUUCUUGAGUUCCUCGAGUUCACGAAGGAAUUUUCGAGUUUUCGGAAGUUUCCGAAGCAAGCUUUUAAGUUCUGCGAAAUUCCUUUUGAGCUUCCUGAAGAUAUUUUUUUAAGUUUCACGAGUUUUUGCAAAGCUAUUUUCGAAUUCUUCGGAGUUAGAUGAAGCUAUUUUGGGUUUUUCGGAUUUUUCGAUCUUCGAAUUUAUCCGGUUCUGAUAAGUAAUUUGUGGUUUUUUUUGGGUUUCGCGAUGAAAUUUUACGAAGCUAUUUUUGAGUUUUUCGAAUUUCAGGGAACGUUUCUUGAGAAACUGACAAGGCUUUCUCCAGAUGAGUCGUUAAACUCUUUUGGAAUAAUUCAAUAAAUUUAAUUAAAUUCAUUGAAUUAUUGUACUGGAAGUGCAAGAAGUGCUAGAAAUAUUGCUAGAAGUGGUGUACAGAUGGAUCUGAUGUCUCCCUCUUGGACUAAAUUUUAAUCUUCAAAGUUUGCAGAAUAAAUUUAAGACUUCAGUGAUUGUUUUUUUUUAUUUCAAUGCCAAAAAUAGAAUUUUUAAGGAUAUUAAUAAGUAAUUGUUCUAUUUUUUAUUACAUUUUCCCAGUGAAGAGGAUGUAAAUUUAGAACUAAAAUAAGGCUAAAAGAGAAUAAAAUUUCGAUUUUUCGUUUUUUUGUAGAAAUAAAUUUAGAAAAGUCAAUUUUGUGAUUUAAUUUUUCUCUCAGUGUACCUCCUCGAUAUUGUGCAGUCAUGUAAUUCCGCUAAAUAAAAUUAUGAUAAAAAAAGUAACUAAAAAAAAUUUUAGAGGGUACGCCUGGGAAAGGAUUGCUGAUCCCUAAAUAGCCAUAUUCGAGUAGAGAGCCUCUCUUUGUGCACAAAUCCACUGAAAAAACACCCCUUAAUCAACUUUUGUCCCGCAAUCGAACCACUAACCAAAUAACCUCGUGUCUUUUAAUAACGAUCAUACCGAGGCUCAAAGAGAAUCCGCAAUAUGGAAUCAUCGUAAAAUAAUUAUUCCUGGAUCGUCUGGAAUUCUUUUUCAUAGUAAUUUGUCAUAAUUUUUUUAUCUUAAGAAAGAAAUAAAGAAAAAAAUAUAUAGUAAAUCUCUAACAUAAUAAAAUUAGCAAUUGUAUUGAGAACAUAGAAUUAAAUACUUUCAUAGUUAUUCUUACUGGCAAAACAAAAAGAAAAUGUGUGAAGAUAGGAAUUAAAUUUCAUGUGUUAGUCUUUCUAAAAAAAAAAUGAAGAAAAAAAGAAAAGUGUUAUAUAUAAAUAAAUUAUUAUAAUAUAUCUGUAUUUAAGCAUAGGUUCCUCGUUUUCCCCCCCCCCCCCCGGCACAAGGACGUGCGCGUUCCUCCAGGUGGGAGGAAUGUUGCGAAUCCUUCACAAUAUUCCUUCCUCCUUCCUGUUUUUCCUUCCCAUUCACUCCCAACAUUUUCCAAUCUCAUACUUCCUCCUUCCCAUUUCACAAGUACCCACUCUUUUCCUUAUUUUCCCGCCCAUUUCCCCUUCCUCAUAGUAUUUAAGUUAACUUAAGUGUUCUAUGUUCAAAAAUAAUAUUCUUAGCUACUCGAUAUUGUGCAGUCAUGUAUAAUUUGGCUAAAUAAAAUAUAUUAAAAAAUAA